GUAUACAUUGCCUGUCCACUCAACGCAUGUUCAUCCGUUCAUUCUGUUGGUUCGUUCUUUUAUCCGCAUCAGUACAGUCAGCUCGGCUCGUGUGUGUGGCUGAUUGUGUGUGUCGCUCGAGUCGAUUUGACACAUUCUGUCUGCCUCAUCUGAGCUGUGGGAUGACGUACGGUUUGGUCUUGCAGUCGGCCGGAGGCUGCAACACACACACAACGCAGCAUCAAUCAAUCAUCCAUCCAGAGUCCAGCCAUUGAUGAGGGACGCGUAGAUGGAUGGAUAGAUGGCUCACCGUACCGUCUCGUUCUGGUCGUAGUGGCCAUCGGCCAUCACGCACACCUGUUGACACGGGUACAACACACGACACAUGAGCUGUCUGGUCUGGUGGGUGGGUGUUGUGGUGUGAUGCCCGACUGACGUACGAGUGGUGGGUGCGUUGUUGGUGGCUGGAGUGACGCAGACGAGCGGUGUUUGGAUGCACACGAAGCCGCCGCCACGCUGCUGAUAUAUCAACACGCACACACACACACACACAGAGAAAACACUGCUUGGUUUGUGAAUGCAUUGCAUUCCUCUUUAAUUGUGUGAUGGAUGCCUUGUGUGCAUCGAUGGCGUCCGGCAGCUCAUCCAGUGGCUUGUUGUAGCCAAUGAAGUCCAAAAUCCCCCCAGCCAUGACCGUUUAAACACACACACACACACACACACAUUGGUUGGAUGGACACACUCACGUGUCUCUCCCUCCCUCUCUCCCUCCGUCUCAGUGACUGACUGCCUCACCCACCCAGCAGAUUGCGCGGCGGACUUCAACGAACGAAGACGAGAGGAACUUGAUGAUGUAGUGAUUCAUGCAGAACUUGCACCACUGCUCGGCCUUCUGCUUCGAGUACAGACACACGCCGGCGAUGGAUGUGAACUCCUUCAGACUCACGCCGCCCAUGCACAGACCACCCUGACACACACACACACACACACACGGGGAGGGUUCAAUUGUGUAUCUGUCUGUCUUUCUGCUGCAUGGCUUACGCGCUUGGCGUGUGCGGCCGAUAGGACGAGCAGCACAGACGACGGGGCUGCGCUGGACAACGCGGAGACACAAUCCGACUCACUCUCGAAACUGACACACAAUCAGAGACACACACAUCAGCUGUCUGCCUCUCUCUCUCUCCCCUCCCUCCCUCUGUGUGUGUGUGUGUGCGGGACCUCUUGACGUUGGUGGCGAAGCGCUUGAGGUCAUUGACGAACGCAAACAAAUGACGAGGCUCGACGUCGUUACAGUAGACGUACACAACCCAACUCUGCACGGUGGCGCCACACAACGAGGCAUGGCGCAAUGAGUGUGUCUCUCGUGUGCUGUGCCGAGCCUACCUGGUCGAGGCGGCUGGUGGACGAGUAGGUCAUGUCGCUGUUGCUGUCACGAUUGCCCGACAU